CUAAAUUGCCACUUGCUCUCAGAAGGACGCUUUCCUUAGAAGCAAGGUCAAGUGCAGCUUUCUGGUGGAAGCGUUCUAAGGAUUGUCCACACUGGUGACAUGAGAAGGCCGCUACGUGGGGGGCAGGGGGUGUCCUUGGAUCACUCGGGCGAAGGCGCUGAAGGACAGAUUGACUCACUUUGGAGCCGUAAGUACUGAUUAUAGGGUGCAGCGUUCAGUGUACAGUGCCGCAGGAUCCCACAAUGAGUAUCCAAGAGCAGGGUUUCCCUUUGGACCUUGGAGCGAGUUUCACCGAAGAUGCCCCCCGACCCCCAGUGCCUGGUGAGGAGGGUGAACUGGUGUCCACAGACCCCCGGCCCGUCAGCCACAGCUUCUGCUCCGGGAAGGGCGCCGGGGCUAAAGGUGAGACUUCGGCAGCCACACCGCGGCGCUCGGACCUGGACCUGGGGUACGAGCCCGAGGGCAGCGCCUCCCCCACCCCGCCGUACUUGAAGUGGGCCGAGUCGCUGCACUCGUUGCUGGACGAUCAAGAUGGCAUAAACCUGUUCAGGACUUUCCUGAAGCAGGAGGACUGUGCUGACCUGCUGGACUUCUGGUUUGCCUGCAGCGGCUUCAGGAAGCUGGAGCCCUGCGACUCGAACGAGGAAAAGAGGCUGAAGUUGGCCAAGGCCAUUUACCGCAAGUACAUCCUCGACAACAACGGCAUCGUCUCCAGGCAAACCAAGCCCGCUACCAAGAGCUUCAUCAAGGACUGCAUCAUGAAGCAGCUGAUCGAUCCCGCCAUGUUCGACCAGGCGCAGACGGAGAUCCAGUCCACCAUGGAGGAGAACACCUACCCUUCCUUCCUCAAGUCUGAUAUUUAUUUGGAAUACACGCGGACCGGCUCGGAGAGCCCGAAGCUCUGUAGCGACCAGAGCUCUGGGUCGGGGACGGGGAAGGGCAUCCCCGGGUACCUGCCCACGUUGAACGAAGAUGAGGAAUGGAAGUGUGAUCAGGACCCGCACGAAGACGGCGGCAGAGACCCCGCGCCCCCCGGCAGGCUCACGCAGAAGCUGCUUCUGGAGACGGCUGCCCCGCGGGCCUCCUCCAGUAGACGGUCCAGCGAAGGCAGAGAAUUCAGGUGCGGGUCUUGGCGGGAGCCUGUCAACCCCUACUACGUCAGCUCCGGCUACGCCUUCGCCCCGGCCACCAGUGCCAACGACAGCGAGCAGCAGAGCCUUUCCAGCGACGCCGACAGCCUGUCCCUCACCGAUAGCAGCGUGGAUGGAGUCCCACCGUACAGGACCCGCAAGCAGCAUCGCCGGGAGGUGCAGGAGAGCGUCCAGGUCAACGGGCGGGUGCUUCUACCUCACAUUCCUCGCACUUACCGAAUGCCAAAGGAGAUCCGCGUGGAGCCCCAGAAGUUCGCCGCGGAGCUCAUCCACCGCCUGGAGGCCAUCCAGCGGACGCGGGAGGCCGAGGAGAAGCUGGAGGAGCGGCUGAAACGCGUCCGGAUGGAGGAAGAAGGUGAGGACGGUGACAUGCCCUCUGGGCCCCCGGGGGCCGCUCAUAAGCUGCCGUUGGCCGCGGCCUGGCACCACUUCCCGCCCCGCUAUGCCGACGUGGGCUGCGUGGCCCUGCGGGACGCGCACGAGGAGAACCCCGAGAGCAUCCUGGACGAGCACGUGCAGCGGGUCAUGAGGACGCCAGGCUGUCAGUCGCCGGGGCCCGGCCACCGUUCCCCUGACAGCGGGCACGUGCCCAAGAUUGUGGGGGUGCUGGGGGGCGUGCCCCCUGGGCACAGUAAGCACGCGCCCAAGUCUGGGGCGAAGCUGGACGUGGCCGGCCCGCACUUGCACAGGCACGGCCACCACCACGGUCACCAUGGGGCGGCCAGGCCCAAGGAGCAGGCCGAGGUGGAGGCCGCCCGCCGUGUCCAGGGCAGCUUCGCCUGGGGCCCGGAGCCGCACGGCCACACGGCCAAGCCCCGCAGCCACUCAGAGAGCGCGGGCGCCGCCCCCAGCGCCGGCGACAGCCUGGCCUACAGCGGGAAGGCUGGCACCGCGUCCAGAAGAAACGCCAAGAAGGCUGAGUCAGGGAAGAGCACGGGCGCCGAGGUGCCGGGCCCCUCAGAAGACGCGGAGAAGAACCAGAAGAUCAUGCAGUGGAUCAUCGAGGGGGAGAAGGAGAUCAGCCGGCACCGCAAGGCGGGCCACGGGUCUUCCGGUGCCAAGAAGCAGCAGGCGCACGAGAGUCCCAGGCCCCUGUCCGUCGAGCGCCCUGGUGCCGUGCACCCUUGGGUCAGCGCUCAGCUCCGCAACUCCGUCCAGCCCUCUCACCUCUUCAUUCAAGACCCCACCAUGCCACCCAACCCAGCCCCCAACCCUCUGACCCAGCUGGAGGAGGCCCGCAGGCGCCUGGAGGAGGAGGAGAAGAGAGCCAGCAAGUUACCCUCGAAGCAGAGGUAUGUGCAGGAGGUCAUCCAGCGGGGGCGCUCCUGUGUCAGGCCAGCGUGCACGCCCGUGCUGAGCGUGGUGCCAGCCGUGUCGGACUUGGAGCUCUCCGAGACAGAGACGAAGUCGCAGAGGAAGGCGGGCAGUGGGAGCGCCCAGCCGUGUGACAGCAUCGUGGUGGCCUACUACUUCUGCGGGGAGCCCAUCCCCUACCGGACCCUGGUGCGGGGCCGCGCCGUCACCCUGGGCCAGUUCAAGGAGCUGCUGACCAAGAAGGGCAACUACAGAUACUACUUCAAGAAGGUGAGCGACGAGUUUGACUGCGGCGUGGUGUUUGAGGAGGUUCGGGAGGACGAGGCCGUCCUGCCCGUCUUCGAGGAGAAGAUCAUCGGCAAGGUGGAGAAGGUGGACUGAGCGCGGGCCUGGGCGGCCCCCGAGGGUCACGGGCGUCGCGGCAGACGCACCAGUGCGGGCCAGGGGCCACGUGCCGCCUGCCCCUUCCCUCCGUCGGCGUCCAGACGGGCGGGCGGCCCCCGGGUCCCCGUCCGGCCGCUGACGAGCAGGGCGCCGCCGUCCGCUCCUCAGCAAUACUCGGCCCGUCUGGGCGUGGCGCCCGCCACAGGGCCGCCCCCACCAGCCUCCGGUGACUCCCUGCUGCUGACCGCGGGCAGCCCACCCGCUCCGCGCCCCGCGCUCACACUGCAGGCUCUGCCCCUCCUGGGACUCGUCCGCCCCACCCUGCUCGGGCCUGGGGUGCUGGGGGCCCCACGGGGGCCUCUGUCAAUUGUACAUGUCACCGAGUGCCUUCAACACAGCUUGUCUCUUGCCUGCCACUGUGUGGACCCGGCGACGGAGCCCGCAGCGCUCUCCCUCCUCCACCCUGCGUUUCUGGAGCGCGGGCUUAGCGGGUCCCGGGCCCCUCCCUCCCCUUUAAGGGCCCCUGUAAAUAUGUACAUUUCUCAGGCCAGGGCCAGCGGGGUGGGGGGGGCUGCCGCAGCCCAUUUUUCAUGCGCUGACUUGUACAAUUAUCUUUUCAAAGGUACUUGGAUAAUAAUGGAAUAAAAUCAUUUUUGAACCUUC